AUGGCAUACAUGCCUCCCGGAGGGGCAAAUCGAGUGUGCGCUGGUCUCCAGCCUCCCUGCAAGCAUGUGCUCGUCGGGCGAAUGGGCAUGUGGUUGCGACUCGAAGUGGACGGCUUAAGCGUUGAUGAUGGCGAGGAUGAGGAUGAUGCCGGCAACGCGGGGGGUGGGGAGUUGGAAGACGCCGGUCUUAAGUGGCCGCACGAGUUGAGCCCGAGUCCGGUUGGGAUUGUGACUCGAGCGACGGGAGUCGAGCGAAGCCGAAGCCGCAGUCGGGACAGACAGCGGACUCGGAUUGGUCUGCAGCUGCGGCUCGGUGCCCCAGCACCGCUGGGCUCCAGCAAGACGCAGCGCAACCCGGAGACGGCCGAGUUGCGGCGGACAUGUCGGGAGUCGAGCAGUUGCAUCCUGGGGCUGAGGCUGGGGGCAAGCUGCAAUCGGCGGACCAACCGCAUUGACGAUGUGGCCGCAGCGAUAGGCUCGACCCCCGUCCCGGCGGCAGCGAUUAUCCUCGGUCGGCUUUUUCACCGCGCCUCAGCGGGCAGUAGCCAUCGCGACGAGUUACACCUUGCCGUCACUCCCCCGCGAUGCACACUCGAUGUGGCAACCUCUUUACGCAUUAUAUCUGUCCUGUUGCCAUGCCAUUAUACAGAUUGCACACACACACACACACACGCACAUUGGGUGGAGUGGCGGAAGAGGGCUGGUCUGACCCUCUUGACUGAUGGCCUCGGGUCGAAUGUGACCAGCGAGAUCGGCGUACGAGUCCCGUCGACGGGCUUCCAACGACGGACCUCAAACGAGACCUUUGGUUGUCUGUCUGUCUCGAUCGCUGUGAUCCACGCAAAGCCGGUGUAG